AAAAAAAAGAGCCUUUAUUACUCCCACUGAAGCUGUGAAGCGUUCCCCGCUCUCUCUCUCUCUCUCUCUCUCUCUCUCGGAGCCAUUUUCAGACAAAAGCCGUCAAACCCAGUUCUCCAAAUCCCCACCAAAAAAAUGCAAGACAAAAACUCAGAGUCGGCCAACAAAAACCCUAAGAAGGCCAAUCUCUUAGACCAUCACUCCAUCAAACACAUCCUCGACGAGUCUGUUACUGAGAUCGUGACGAGCCGUGGAUAUGUGGAAGACGUGAGGAUGAGCAAUAUAAGAUUGUUUCUCGGAACAAUUAUAAUCGUAAUUGCUCUCUUCGCUCAGUUUUACAAGAAGAAGUUCCCUGAGAACCGAGACUUUCUCAUCCUCUGCAUCGUCUUGUAUAUAGUCUUCAAUGGACUAUUGCAGCUUAUCAUAUACACAAAGGAGAAGAAUGCCAUCCUCUUUACGUAUCCUCCAGCGGAUUCCUUCACAAGCACUGGAUUGACGGUCUCUUCCCAAUUGCCAAGAUUCUCUGAUAUGUACACACUUGUGAUAGCAAGUGCAGACCCCAAAUCUAUUUCCGCAAAUCAACCAGUAAAGUUUACCAAGAGUGUUACUCAGUGGUUCACAAAGGAUGGGAUUUUGGUGGAGGGCCUCUUCUGGAAAGAUGUUGAAGCUUUAAUAAAUGAAUACCAGAAAGAACCAAAGAAGAGCAAGUGACAGGAAAACUGCUGAAUAGCACAUUUGAUGGGGACGCUGAUUGGAAGAGAGAGUUUCAUUUAGAGCUGUCGUGUGAUUAUAGAUGUUGCUCUUUGACAAUGUGACUUUUUGCUCUUUAGAACCAAACCAGUGUCCAUUAUAUUCCAUCAUUUAGAAAACAACCGACCGGAUGAAUUGAUGAAUCUUGAACAGUUAGCUUCUUAUGUUACCCAACUUUAUAAAGUCAAAGUUCUAGGACUGCCUAAGUCUGAAUAUAUAUUCAGUUCGGUGUUAUUGGUCUCC